AGGGCCUGGUGGGUUGGCGCAGGGUCUCUUGUGAGUUGUCGGUUUGUUACGGCAGGGUCCUGUUUAGCCAGCUCCCGCUAUCGUUUGUUGACCGUCCGGGGCCACCAUGCCCAAGCGCAAGGUGACAUUCGAGGAUCAGGCCGAGGGGGAUGAGGAGGAGGAGGAGCUGGCCAUGCCCAAGAAGAAGCUGGCAGAGCCCGGCCUGGGGGCCAGCGGCCCAGGGAGCCGGUUCAAGGGUAAACACUCCCUGGACAGCGACGAGGAAGACGAGGAUGAGGAGGGGGACGGCGGCCGGGCCAGUAAAUACGACAUCCUGGCGUCAGAGGACGUGGAGGGGCAGGAGUCGGCCACCAUCGACUACGAGGACGGGGUGCGGAUCACCCCCUUCAACCUGGAGGAGGAGAUGGAGGAGGGGCACUUUGACUCGGAGGGGAAUUACUUUCUGCGCCGCGAGGCGCUGAUCCGGGACAACUGGCUGGACAACAUCGACUGGGUGCGGAUCAAGGAGCAGCCCCCCGGGAGCCGGCAGCCCCCCGGCGGAGAUCAGGAGGAGGAUGGGGAGCCCCCGGGGGGGCGCCCCCUGCUGGACAAGCAGACCCUGCUGGAGGGGAUGGUGGAGAUGGUGCGGCCGGGGGAGACGGUGGCCCGGGCCAUCCAGCGCCUGGGCAGCAAGGGCGGGGCCCGGGGCUCGCGCCCCCGCCGGGCCUGGACCCGGGCCAAGGCCGAGGCUCCCGCCCCCCCGGAGGAGGGGGAGGCGCCGGGCUCACCCCAGAGGCGGGAGCAGCUGGAGCGGCUCUCGGGAUUGGCUGACCAGAUGGUGGGGCGGGGCGUCUACGAGAUCUACCAGGAGACCCGCGAGAAGCUGGCGCUCCGGCUGCGGGCGCUGACCCAGCCCCCGCCUGCCCAGCCCCCCCCGGCCCUCGACAUGUUUGCCGAGGACAUCGACGAGGCCAGGCUGAGAACCCAGGCGUCCGCAGGGGGCGCUGAGGCAGGGCUGCAGUCCGAGGACGGGGAGGAGCCCCUGGCCGAGGUGAUGUGGGAGUACAAAUGGGAGAACACGAAUGGGGCCGAGCUCUAUGGGCCCUUCAGCAGCACCCAGAUGCAGGAGUGGGUGAACCAGGGCUAUUUCAAGGAGGGCGUUUACUGCCGCAAGGCUGACAAUUCGCAAGGCCAAUUCUACAACUCGAAGCGGGUGGAUUUUGACCUGUACACGUGAUCCGCGACCAGCCUGCGACCCCUCGAGCCGAGGGGGCUGGACUCGAGUCUGGGGGAGCCAGGGAGGGAGGCCGGGGUGCAUACGGGUUGGGGGAGGGUUAACCCCUAGCUUGUGGGGCGUGGAUGUCACGUUGUCUUUAUUUUUGGGGGGGAUUAAAAUAUGUCUAUGUCUUGUACUGUGCUGGUGCCAUCCGCUGCUGGCUGGUGUCUGAGUCGGCGGGCCUGGACAGCCCCUGGCAAAUGGGGAUUCUCCUGCCAGCCCCCGGGGUCAGGCCCAUGGUGUCCUGGAUACAUACAUAGAGCCCGUGGGCUGGGUUGUUAUGGUAGGGUCUCUCGGGAGAGACAGGGCUGUUUGGGUCCGUUUGUUUUUGUAGGGUCUCCUGGCAGGGCUGAUUUGUUACUGUUAGGUCUUAAGACCGCUAUGAGUUGCGUGUGUCGCUUUGUUUUUGUAGGGUCUCUUAGGAGAAGCAGCGCUGCUUGGCUCAGUUUGUUUUUGUAGGGUCUCCUGGGAGAGGCAGGGCUCCGUGUGUUGCUUGGUUUUGGUAGGGUCUCUUGCGUUGGCUGGCUUGUUACUGGAGGGUCUCAUGAGAGCUAGGGCUUUUGUGUGUGUUUUGUUUUGUCAUUGUAGGGUCCCUUGUGAGUACUGUUUUGUUUUUGUAGGGUCUCUCAUGAGCGCUUGAAUACUAGGGCCUCUCUUUGUGUCAUUUUGUUCUGGUAGGGUCUUACAAAUGCUAGGACUGUGUGCUUCACAGAAUCAGAGAAGAUCAGGGUUGGAAGGGACCUCAGGUCGUCAUCUAGUCCAGUCCCCUGCUCAAAGCAGGACCAACCCCCAACUAAAUCAUCCCAGCCAGGGCUUUGUCAAGCUUUAAUAUUGGGGCAAUAGCAAAUGUGGCUUUGUUUCUGUAGGGUCUUAUAAGUGGCAGGGUUGUGUGUUUUGGCUGUUGUUGGCGGGCUCUGACAAAUGCUGCUUUGUUAUGAUAGCGUCUCUCACAAGAAUAAAGCCGUGGUUGGUGCCUUUGUUGUCA